AUUGCGUGUUGCGUCAUGAUUUUGUUUAACGAAGUUCCAUCGGAUUCUAGUGAAGCUCGCCAUCUUUGAAGACGAAUAGUCGGAGCUCUUUUAGUUUCUUUGUUCAUAUUUUUUUUUACAUAUCCUACACUUUUGAAUCUCAUAGUUGUAAAAGCCAGAUGCGCCACUUGAAACGAAUGCGCUCCCCAGGUGUUUGGCUCGAUGAGUAUAGCUGGGAAGAGAGAAUGGAGUGUCGUAAGCGAAGGAAACAAGAUUCGCACAGCAGCGAAAGAGAAAAUAAGUCCAGAAGAACUCACCUUCACCAGAAGACGUAUGAUGGGCACUACUUGGAGACCCGCAGUUUGAACCAGAGGCUGGAUUCUCGGGAAGGAACCACCCAGGAUCAUAGUUUGGGCAUGGCCUGUGAGGACGACAGCCGUGAAGCAACCUGCAAGGACAGAGACCGUGACUGGCACCAUUACAGCAAGUCAUCCGGGCGGAGUGGUCGCAGCAAGCAAAGCAGCCGCAGGAACAGAGACGGAAGACGCAGACGUAGCCACUCUCGCCACAGGUCAUCCUCGAGGAGGAGCCAACAGCGCAGGAGCAGGAAAAGAUCCAGGAGUGUUAAGGAUGAUGACGAGGGUCACCUCAUCUAUCACAGUGGAGACAUGCUGAGAGCGAGAUAUGAGAUUGUGUGUACUCUAGGAGAGGGUGCCUUUGGGAAGGUUGUCGAAUGCAUUGAUCGCUCUAAUGAUGGAGCUCGAGUGGCUCUGAAGAUCAUUAAAAACAUAGACCGCUACCGUGAGGCAGCAAUGUCUGAGGUAGAGGUGCUUGAACAGUUGAAGUCCCUCGACACUGAAAAGAGAUAUGCUUGUGUACACAUACUGGACUGGUUUGACUACCAUGGCCACGUCUGUAUUGCCUUUGAACUGCUUGGCCUCAGCACCUACGAUUUCCUCAAGGAAAACAAUUUCCAGCCUUUCCCCCUAGAACACAUCAGGCACAUGGCGUACCAGAUCAUCCGGGCUCUGCGAUUUAUGCAUAACAACAAGCUGACUCACACAGAUCUGAAGCCUGAGAAUAUUCUCUUCAUUGAUUCAGACUAUGAUAUGGAGUACAACCCUCUAAUGAAACGGGAUGAACGAACAUUGAAGAACCCAGAUGUGAAAAUUGUGGACUUUGGUAACGCAACAUAUGAGCACGAGCACCACACCUCUGUGGUGUCGACGCGUCACUACCGUGCUCCUGAAGUCAUUUUAGAUCUGGGCUGGGACCAUUCCUGUGAUGUCUGGAGUGUAGGCUGCAUACUCAUUGAGUACUACCUUGGAUCAACUCUCUUCCAGACUCAUGACAGUAAAGAACACCUUGCUAUGAUGGAGAGAGUCCUGGGCCCCAUCCCCGCAAAACUCCUUCAGAAAACCAAGAAACGGCGGUAUGUUCACCGAUGCAAGCUUGACUGGGAUGCGCACAGCUCGUCUGGGAGAUUUGUCAAGAAACACUGCAAACCCCUCAAGCAUUACAUGGUGUCUAAGGCUGAAGACCACCACCAGCUGUUUGACCUGAUAGAGAAGAUGAUGGAGUAUGACCCAGCUAAGCGCCUCAGUCUGGCACAAGCCCUCCACCAUCCCUUCUUCUCCUGCUUCCGCAAGAGCAAAAGCAGCAGCAGAAGCAGCAGAAGCAGCAGCUGCAGCAAAAAAGACUGAACCUCUGACCUUUAACCUCGGUCAGGGCCUGGCUGUCACUAUGACAUUUAUCAUGGUGCACAGUGUCAGUCUCUACUUCCUGUCUCUCCAGGAGAGGUGUAGCUUAACUGACUGUAUCAGUCCACUGCCUUGCUUUGCUGUCCUACGUCAAUGUGUUUCUUUGUCUGACUCAUCAACAAGUCAUGUUUUCACCUGUGGCAUUUUUUUUUUAUGUACCGAAUUGAUUUCUAUUUAUUUGCUGCUGUUAUUUAAUUCUGGUAAAGCGGUCUUCUUUUCUUUAUUCAUGAGUAUUUCAAUUUUGUCCAUUUUCUUUCCCUGCAUCGUGAAGUGGCCUAUGGGUAAUGUUAAUGUUUACCCUCCAUCAGUCUCACCAGUAAUUUAUUCAGCACUUGUGGAUGUAAAAUUUAAAAAAGCUAUUGCAGGCAGAAAAUCAUUGUACAUAUAAUUUGUUGAGAGAUUUCUUUUUUUUCACUGAGCAGUUAUGUAACUUUUGCAGUAUCAUGUACAUUUUCUCAAUAAACUUUAAUAGAUGAA